AGAAAUUACAAUUCAACGCAUGUUUUUACAACAAAUUUUAAAUUAAAAGUAAACGCGUGGACCUGUUCAAAAGGAAACGCGUAUUUGCAAUAACCAAGAAAAAGCCAAGAAGCAGAGCAAGCAGUGCUCCUACACAGCAGUGGACCUUCUCGCUUUCUUUGAAGAAAUUCGUGGAAGUUACAAAGAAAAUUUGUUGUUUGUCUGUACCAAAUUGCUUGCAAAUAACGCAAAUUUCACAUUAUAAAAAAGGCCACAGAGAUCCUAGUUUCUACUUGUGUUUUCAAUUUCCCAAUUUUAUCUCUCUCUACUAAUUCCUUAUACCAAACAGUUAAACAAUGGCUUCCUCCUCUGUUCCAUCUUCAUCUCGACCUCGAUACACAUACGAUGUGUUCUUGAGUUUUAGAGGCGAAGACACUCGCGACAACUUCGUCAGUCAUCUCUACACUGCGUUGACUCACAAGGGGAUUCGCACCUUCAAAGACGACGAAAAGCUCGAGAGAGGAAAAUCGAUUUCGCCGGAGCUCCGGAGAGCGAUUGGAGGAUCGAGGUUUUCGAUUAUAGUUUUAUCGAAGAAUUAUGCUUCUUCGAGAUGGUGUUUGGAUGAACUUGUGGAGGCACUUGAAUGCAGCAACACAACGGUUUGUCCGAUAUUCUAUCAUGUGGAUCCAUCAGAAGUGAGAAGGCAAAGAGGGAGUUUUGGGGAGGGAUUUGAUGAAUUGGUUUCCAAACAGGGAGUAUUGGGGAUGGAGAAUGUUCCAAGGUGGAGGAAUGCUUUGGAGCAAGUUGCCAAUUUAUCAGGAUGGCCUUACCCCAGUGAUGCAAUCGUCAGGUCUGAAUCAAUGUUCAUCCAAGAAGUUGUUAGGAUACUUUUUAGAAAAUUAAUUGAUACAUAUUCAAGCAUUGGCAAAGACCUAGUUGGGAUGGUUUCUCGUACGGAGAAAGUGAUUGAAUUGCUAGGUUUAGGGAUGCAUGAUGCUCGUGUUGUAGGUAUUUGGGGAAUGGGUGGAAUAGGCAAGACUACUAUUUCCAGAGCUGUUUAUGAUUGUAUCUCUUGCCAAUUUGAAGGUUACAGCUUUAUUGAGAAUGUUAGAGAAGUUAUAGAAAAAUGUGGUUUAAAAACUUUGCAAGAACAACUCAUUUCUGAAAUCUUAAUGGAAAAAGAUUUGAAAGUAAGAAGUAAUGGUCACGCAGUGCAUAUGAUAAGGAGCAUGGUAUGUCAUAAAAAAGUUCUUAUCGUGCUUGAUGAUGUGGAUGAAUCAAUUGAACUCGAAAAAUUGGUAGGAGAGCACGAUUGGUACAGUUUUGGAAGUAGAAUCAUAGUAACGACUCGAAAUCAACAUGUGUUAACUAGAUAUGGCAUAAAACAUAUCUAUGAGGUUGAGCAAUUAAGAGAAGAUGAAGCUAUAGAACUCUUUGAAUCGAAAGCCUUUGGGAAACACCGACAAAUGGGAGGCUAUGGAGAGCUUGUCCGUCAUGCAGUAACGUAUGCUAACGGAAUUCCUUUAGCUCUCAAAGUUUUGGGUUCUUUCCUUUGUGGUCGAAACAAAGAUGAAUGGGAAAGUUCAUUAAACAGAUUGAAAAAAAGCCCUCUCAAGGAAGUUCUACAAGUACUUAGAAUAAGUUACGAUGCAUUGGAGUCGGAAGAGAAAGACAUAUUCUUAGAUAUUGCAUGUUUUUUCAAAGGGAAGGACGCAAAUGAUGUAACAAAAAUACUAGAAAGUUGUGGCUUCGACCCAAUUAUUGGAAUACAUGUUCUUGUUGAUAAGUCUCUUAUAACUAUCUCAAGCAAUAAGCUGUUGAUGCAUGAUUUGAUACAAGAACUAGGGUGGCAUAUUGUUUGCGAGGAAUCACAUAAAGAGCCUGGAAAGCGCACUAGGUUAUGGUGUGAUGAAGAUAUAAAACAUGUAUUGAUGGACGAUACGGGAACAAACAAAGUGGAAGGCAUAGUUAUGCAGUAUAGUUACCUAAGAGGUCUAGAUCCAAAGGACAUUCGGUUUCUAAAACAAUUGAAGUUGAGGCCUAAAGCUUUUGCAAAGAUGUCGAACUUGAGGAUUCUCAAAAUUUGUUGUAUGCAACUCUCAGAAGAACUUAAAUAUCUUCCUAACAAGUUAAGGUAUCUUAACUGGUUAGGAUACCCUAUGAAAUACAUGCCUUCAACAUUUCAACCAGAGCAUCUUGUUGAACUUCACUUAACCUAUAGCAACAUUGAACAACUUUGGGAGCAAACAAUGAAUCUAGGCAAGUUAAGGAUCAUGAAUCUUAGUCACUCGACAUAUCUGAUGAAGAGCCCAGACUUCACAGGGGUCCCAAAUCUUGAAAGACUGAUUCUUGAAGGUUGUACAAGUUUGGUUAAUCUUCAUCCAUCUAUUGUAGAUGUCAAAAGGCUUAUUUGUUUGAACUUGAAGCACUGCAAAAGUCUCAAGAGUCUUCCGCGUGGCAUUCAAUUGGAAUCCCUUGAAGUUUUUAUUGUUUCUGGGUGUUCAAAGCUUGAUAACGUUUUGAUCAGCUUGGGAUAUAUGAAAUGUUUAUCAAAGCUUUGUUUAGAUGGGACUAGUGUCAGUGAACUUCCACCUUCAGUUGGACAUCUUACCAAUCUUGGUUUGAUUAGUCUGAGCAAUUGUGAAAACUUGAGAAGUAUUCCAGACAGCAUUUGUCAGUUGAAAGAUCUUAGAACUUUAAUCCUUUCUGGUUGCUCCAAACUUGACAAAUUGCCGCCAGACUUGGGUGUUUUGAACUGUUUAUAUGAGCUUCGUGCAGAUUGGACUGCAAUUAGACAACUCCCAUCCUCCAUUGGACGUCUGAAAAAGCUUGAAAUACUAAUGCUGAAAGGGUGUAAAGGAAUAUCAUCUAAUUCCAUGGCUUCUGAACUAGCAGCAGCUUUGUCAGGGUUGAAGUCUUUACGAAAACUAAAUCUUGGUUACUGUAAUUUAAAUUCCAUGGCUUCUGAACUAGCAACAGCUUUGUCAGGGUUGGAGUCUUUACAGGAACUAAAUCUUAGUUACUGUAAUUUAAAAUCUAUCCCCACAGCCAUUUGUAACAUCUACUCGUUGGAAUUUUUACUCCUAAGUGGAAACAAUAUGGAAAGUUUACCUGCAAGCAUGAAUCAACUUUCAAGUCUAUUGGGCUUGUUUUUGAUUGAUUGCAAGAAGCUUCAAGAAUUGCCAGAGAUUUUACCUAAUAGAACACAUAGCCUAAGUGUUGAUGAUUGCCCAUCAUUAAGGACAAUAUGGAUUCCAUCCGAAACUUUUAGUAAUGUCUCAGUGUCCUUCAACAAUUGCUUCAAAUUGGCUGAGAAUAAGCAAAACGACAUCUUGACAGAAAAAUUUCUUCCAAACAUAUUUCAGAGAAAUUUUCGUGCUCCUUGUGACAUUGUUUUACCUGGGAGAGAGAUUCCAAAGUGGUUCAGCCAUCAAAGUAGGGGGUCUUCGACAUCUUUUCAGUUGCCUCCACAUUGGUUUAACGACAGGUUCUUGGGAUUUGCUUAUGCCGUUGUUGGAUUCAAAGAGGCUAAAUCGGACUAUUGUCGUAUUGAAAUGAACUUCAAGUGCCACGUUACUCAGAGGAUCAUCGAAGAAUGGGCUAUCCACACUCCAUUUGUCAAAUUUGGAAAUAUGGUGGUUAGGUGUAUCCCACGCGGUGCAUUUUCGGGAAUCACGGAAGAUGAUAUGGAGCAAUUAAAUGAGGGUGGAUUUGAAUGUGAAGCUCAUUUUUUUGAACUAAUUCAGCUUUCUUCAAUUGGAGAAGAUGAAAACCUGGAAGAAGAGGUCUGCAUGCCCGUAUCCAAAGUAGAGGUUGAAAAGGUUGGUGUCCAUGUUGUAUAUAGGGAAGCUGAAAAACAAACAUUGAGUAGUAGUAGUAGUGCUACUACAUCAAAGAGAAAACGCGACCUCGACCUCAACGACAAUUACUACGAUGCAGCGGCAGCAGGACCUAGUGGAAGUCCUAGAAUUGAUGAUCAAGAGGACCACCUCAACAACCUCAACGGAAAAAGGCUUAGAAGUUGCAGUCCCUCCGUACAGCCGAGUAGUUUCUUUGAUGUUUGGGUUCCUCAUGCUCCACUUGAUUCAGUUGCCCUAGCUCCGCCUAAUGAUCCUCCAUCAGUGUUAGCCGCUACCAAGGUCUUGCCUUCACUUGCCUUCGACUCUGCUCUAACUCUCUUUGUGACUCCUUAUGGCUCUCCUUCUCGAGAGGGCACAUCUGCCUUUGAGACAAUUGCUAGGGGCUCUUCAUUGCAAGUGCCCGCGAAUGUUUUGGAUCUAAAUCUUAGCGACUUCCAUUUUGAUAGCGAUACUUUUGGUCUUUCCCCUCAUCAGACCGCAUUCUCAGGCUCGAGCUUUCUCCCUGAGGUUUCCCCUUUGUGUGGUUCAUCUUACCCGAUAGAGAUUGGAGAGGUUCCUGAAACUAACAACUUCUCGGCCCCAGCUCCACCCCCGAUUUCUGGCAAAAUACCUUUUCUCCACUAUUGGGUAGCUCCUGAGUUUGCCUCAGUUCUACAGCUUGUGCAUUCGAGUUACCCUGAGACCUUUGCUUCCUUUGCUUGUCAAUGCCCACUGAUUCAAACUGCUCUUCUCGAGUCUUUUGGUACUAUCCUGUAUAGCUUGGAUCAGCAACGAUUGUGUGACCUUAACGAGAAGGUAGUUGAGACAGCAUAUCAGGGGAUCUCAGAUAUGGAGUGUUAUCGGGUAAAUUUAUCAUGGCUUCGAAGGCGCUUGGAUAUAGCCUCAAAUGCUAGUCGCCGGGUGGAGUUUUUGUCUAUGCUUGGCUCUUAUCAGACUUCUAUAGAUGAAACAAAGGCGACUCUUCGUGAACUUGAGGCUAGAUAUGCUCAAGCCUUGGCGGUUUUAGAGGAACACUCUGCUGCCUGUCCUCCGGAUGUAGACGUGACAUGCAGUUUUUUCGAGUAUUAUGUAGAUUCAGCCCAUCUUAAAUCACUGUAUAGUUAUCCUAACUUAGGCGUGCUUCGCGCCGCACUACGAUAUCCCGAAAGAAGUUGGGCUAAGCUACUUAAUUUUGAACCGACGUAUAGAUACCGCAGCCGACGGAAAGCCAGAGUAACAGACUUCUUGCUGGAAGCCUCUCCAGAACCGGAUCCGUCCUUGCCUCAAAUUAACUUGGUCAGAACUACCGCUGAACAAGAGAUGGCAAAGAGGAACAGAGUGAGGGCCCUGCUAACCGAAACACAGCAAGCCGGUCUACCGCAAACCGGUCAAUCCAUUGAGGCCGUGGUAGCUCUUCCAUCUCAACGACCCUCAUCUCGUCCAAGCAAGCGUGCUCGAACUACCCCAACCGAGCAACGCCUUGUCGAUGAAGACAAAACCAAUCUACCACCAAGCCCUCCACCGAGCCUGGAACCGGAGCGCUCCGACCGGGCUAGCUCGUCCAAGUGGGUUCCCAAAAUCACUUUCCAGAACCGAGCUAUUCAGGACACUGACUCUGUGGUUGCUGAAAAAGAUCACUUAAUGGCAUUCAACCUUGCCAAGAGUGUUUGUCUCCUAGUAGACAUGGAGCACCACAACCAUUUGACCGAGCUGAAGGCCAUCCGCUCGGCCACAAAGUCCAUGGUGCUUGCCAUGCAGAAGAGUCACAUUGCUCACAAGCGUGUGUUAGAACUUCGUAAGGCAACAAGGCAGGCCAUGGCCGAAGUGACUGAAAAAACUGCCGAGUUAGAGCAAGCCAGGAAGCAGAUAGCCGAGCUACAAUCCGAGAAUGGCCGUCUGACCGAACUAGUUAGCUCGGCGGAAGUAGACAAACAAAAGGCUGCUACCGUGAUAAAGGAUAAAUAUUUGCGCGAACUGGCUAAACUAGAAGGAGAGAAGAAAGCCGAAAUUGAGGAGCUGAAGAAGAAGUUAGAGGAUGCUGAAAGCUGAGGUUUCAAAGAAGGCGAAGCCUUGUACAUCAAGUAGUGCGAAGCUGCGAAGGACCUUUUUUUCAAAUGCGGGUGGAGGGCGGCCGUAACGCAGCUCGGUCAUCAACCAGAGACCGAGGUCUACAAUCCUCCACCAUAUUUUAUACCGAGCUCAAUGGCGGAGUAUGCUUCGAUCGUUCAACAAUAAUUUCUUGAAGAAUCAAAUGAAGAAGAAGAAACCGUGCCCAACGAUACCUCGGUUGUCAAUGAUCCUGCUGAUCAGUCAGCUCGGUUGGAGCCAGUGAUGGAGAACCUAACUGAUGAGCCGCCUGCUGAAACCGUGCUCCCAACCGAGACUGUGCUGCCAGCUGAAACCAGUCUUAGAGUUGAUCUUGAUGCUGAUCUUGACGAUCUAUUUGCCUGACUUCGCUUUUCUUUUCAGUUUGCUUGAUUUCUGUAUUUUCUUCUGUUCGUUGGACAAAAGUUUGUAACCGGACUGAAGUAACAUCCUUCUAUACUUGUGAAUUUUGAAUGCAUGCCUCUUUUGUUUUCAAUA